AUGAACCUUAUGGAUAUUUUGAGUAAUGAUGCCCCAAGUUCAGUACUUAAGGGGCAGGAUCCCGACUUGGAAUCAAUUUUAAAUAAUGUUGCACCUACUAAGGAUGAUGAUUUUCAAGGUGAUGAUAUAACUGGACAUGAUCAAAGUGCAGUUUAUUACUUACCAACAUUGUUGACUAGAAUCCAAAAAGGCAUGAGCGAGAUAGCAUUACAGAUAUUCAUUCCCGAACUUUUGAAUGAUUUAGAUUUACAAAGCCAACGUACCAGAAUUGAUAAUCUACUAGAGUCCGCGGACCACGAGGUUCGCUCUAUCAGCUCAUAUGAACGAAUUUCUCUCCUAUUUGACCAAUUACUACUAAUAAAUAAACACCCUUCUCUUCUAGUGGAUCAUUUUAUACCAAAACGAUUAUUAUUACUGGAAAUCAAUGAACGGUUGAUAAAGUUAUCUGGAAAGUUUGAAUUAUUUAAUAGGUUGGUCAACUCAUUUAUCUCAAGAAAGACAGAACCAUAUCUGAUUUUAGUAGUUGCCGAAAGCGUAAAAGAACUAGAGCUUGUUGAAGGAUUGAUUAUCGGUAAGAGACUCAAUUAUACCAAUCUAAGCAGCGCUAAAUUGUAUGAUGACUCGAAAAAUAAAUCGAAUGCAAAGAAUAAUUCAAAUGAAGGGACAACACAGCUUUCAGUAUACUUAAUAACAUCAUCACAAUUGUACAAUAAUUACACUCAUUCCCUUGAUGACACCAAAGCUCAUUUUAACCUCAUUUUUUCUUUUCACAAUGACAUUGACGUUGAAAGUCCCAGUUUAGAAAUAUUAAGAUCAAGCCGGCCUAAGACCCCAAUUAUAAUUCCCGUCCCCCUAUAUUCCAUUGAACACAUAAUGCUAUAUUUGCCACAACCAUCAAAUAAUUUUACAUUAACUAAAGAUACCUCGAAUCCCCUCUACAAGUGGAAAUUACAACUUAUCAAAACUUUCGUUGUAAAUAGAUAUAAUCUAUUCGAGUCCUUCAAUGAUGAUCUUUUCACUGAAGUAUAUGGUAAUAACAUGAGUAAGUUGUACGAUUGGUUUUUGAACUGGAAAAAAAUAAGAUUCCCUAUAGAGAACUUGAAAACAGACGAUAAAUACCUUAUUACAAAGUUUUCUAAUGAAAAACUCUAUAAAAAAUUAGAAGUCAACUAUAUCGAUGGCCAGUUGGACUAUCUGCUUUCCAAUUAUGAUUAUAAGUCCUUCAGAGAAAAACUCGCCCAGUUAUUGAACCAAAGGGCCCUUGCUCUUGAGAACUCAGUAAGAACUAAAAGGCUGCAAAUCGUUCCACCUCUAAGACAAAAAGAAACAUCAAGACAAAUACUGUAUGAUGAAGAUGAGAAUGAAAUUGAAAUAAAUUAUAGGAAGCUACGGAAACUCAAUGAUGAGUUACCACAAUCGGAUAAGAGACUAGCAAGAAUGGAAUCAGAACUUUCUUUGCAUCAGCAACGUUUAAAGGCUGUGGAAGAUAAGCUCAGCUUCUUGCAUCAAACCCUUGAAGAUACCGCAUUGGGAGAAAAGAUACUUUCUCAGGAGCAGACAUGCACAACAUUACGUGAAGAGACUAUCAAGCUCGAGGCAGAAUAUGCCAAAUUGAAUGAUGAAAAUGAAUCAACGAGAUUAUCAUACCAAACAACUUCGGCGGAUGCUGUUCAAUGGACUGCGAAACUAAAUAGUUUCAAAGAGAAGGAUACGGAACUAGGAAAAAAGCUUAACUCAUUGGGUCUAGUAUCUCUCCCUUCUUUGGUCAAAAAAGAUGACUCAAUAAAUCAUGAGUCAAGCACUAACAGGUUAAGAGCUGAAAAUUCUUUUCUAUCUAAAUUUUUAAACGAAAAGAUUGACAAGUUGAUCAAAGAGAGGACUGCAAUUCUCGAUAGCACUGCGUCCGGAUCGAGCAGCCGACCAGUUAAUAGAGUAAGCAGGGCAUCUACUCCAUACUAG